UUUAGAGAUCAAGUAAUGGGACAAAACUUUUCGACGGUUAUAAACAAAAAAUCACGAUUUAACGAUUAUUUUCUUCUAUGGGUUGUGUUUACUCCAUUCAUCGCAUGCUUUUGGUUCUCAUAUAUUAGCUGAAUUCAAUCUCUUUCCAGCUCUGCAUAUUUUUUUUGUGGGUUUGAAAUUUUGUAAAUUUUUCUGGCUUUUAAAAAAAUGAACUGCCACCAAUUUGUCACCUCUUUAAAAAAAAAAAAACAAUUUUUUCUAUUUUUUUGUUGGAUUUCCAUUUUCCAACCCAAAAAAAGAAAAUGCAGUUUUAACAAACAAAACAAAAAACGAAAAACAAAACUAAUGGAAGGAUAAAACUAGCGUCAAAACAAAACAAAUCAGAAAAUUACCCAAAACUUCAGCACCAUUUCAAACCCCAUUUCUCUCCAUCUUUCUCUCACCCCAAAAAUCUAAUUGCAAAAUCCAUCCUCAUAAAUAACCCCAUUUCUCUCCAUCUUUCUCUCUCCCUAUCAAUGGCCUCCAAGUCCACUUUACUAAUCUCCACCUCUUUCCUCCUCUUCUUCUUCUCCACCACCACCACCACCAUCCAACUAUGCUUCGCCCAAAUCCCCGGAAACAAUCUCGACCGUCCUCAAUCCAACUCCGACUGCACCGGCCGUUGGAUCCACAUCCGACAGCUCCCCCCGUCCUUUAACCUGGAUCUCCUCUCCAAUUGCUCUGGCUACCCUCUGUUCAACGACUUUUGCCCUCACUUGGCCAACAAUGGCCUUGGCCAGAAAACUCAUAAUAUUUCUCACAGUUGGUACCGAACCGACCCGUUAAUGCUAGAGGUUAUUUUCCACCGUCGGAUGCUCGAAUACCCAUGCCUCGCCUCAGAUCCCCAAUCUGCCAACGCCGUCUACCUCCCUUACUACGCCGGCAUCGACGCCCUUCGUUAUCUCUACGGCCCUGAUUACAAUUCCAGCUCCGAGCAGGGCCUCAAUUUGUUCGAUUUUUUGACCAAUAACGACCCGGUUUCUUGGUAUAGGCACAUGGGUCAAGACCAUUUCUUGGUUUUGGCCCGGCCCGCUAUGGAUUUCUCCCAACCGUUGCGGAACGAUCCGCCGCUGUGGGGGACUUCGCUGCUUGAAUUGCCGCAGUUUUUUAAUGUCACCGCUCUGACAGUGGAGGCGCGUGCCUGGCCAUGGCAGGAGCACGCUGUGCCUUAUCCGACAUCGUUCCAUCCGCCCAAUUUGUCGUUAUUGGAGACGUGGUUGCAACGAGCGAGGCGGUCCCGUCGCACCACGCUUAUGAUGUUUGCAGGCGGCGGCGGUGUCGGAAAUAAUCCGAACAUUAGGAAGAGUAUCAGGAAUGAGUGUGAAAACAACACCAAAGCAAAUAAUGCGACUUCAAACAACAAUUUGGGGAGGUUUGGAAGUGGGGGUGUCAGGUACACAAAGCUGUGCGACAUUGUGGAUUGCUCCCAUGGGAUAUGUGAGUAUGACCCAAUUAGGUUCAUGAGGCCAAUGCUGCAGGCUAGUUUCUGCCUACAGCCUCCGGGUGACACCCCGACGAGGCGGUCCACAUUCGAUAGCAUUGUGGCUGGCUGCAUCCCCGUAUUAUUUGAGGACUCGUCCGCCAAAACGCAGUACGGGUGGCACUUGCCGGAGGAUCGGUACGGGGAGUUCUCGGUGUUUAUACCAAAGGAGGAUGUGGUGUUCAAGGAAACUAGGGUUUUGGAUGUGCUUAGGAGCAUUCCUAGGGCUAAAGUGAGGAGGAUGAGGGAGAAUGUGUUGGAGAUGAUACCAAGAGUUAUGUAUAGAAGGCAUGGGAGCUCAAUGGGAUUGAGAGCUAAGAAGGAUGCUUUUGAUCUUGCGAUUGAUGGUGUUUUGAACAAGAUUAAAUCUAGGGUUCCAGUUCAACCUAGGGUUUUCCCUUAGUGACCCACUUGAAUUUUACUUUUGUUUUUUAAUUUUUUUUCUUUCCUUUCUUGGCAUUGAAGUUAUUGUAAUUAUUGAUUAUGUUGUACAUAUAUUUAGUUUUAUG